AGAGCAGAGGCAGAUCGAGUCCCUGCAGCAUUGAAUGUAGCCGAAGCGCCGCGACCGUCACGCUUUUCUCGUCAACAAACUCAACAUCGACACGGCAGACGCAGGAUAAAGGUCGAAUAUGAUCAGCAUUGUUGUUACUUUUUAUUAGUAUUAUUUUUUUUUACCACGGCAGCGUUUGGAGAUUUCUGCCAAGAGGAGGAGCAGCAAAACUUUUUUCUCGUCUUUUUCCCCUUCCUUUCUUCUCACUUUUUUUCGUGAACGAAGAGGAACUCACCAGAGACAGUGUUUUUUUACGAUACACACGCAUAUAUAAAGAAAAAAAACGAAAGGGAGGAAACCGCGCAGAAGAGGUUGCAUGGCUUUAUCAGGUUGUUGGAGCUCGAGCACUUCGAGCAGGAGAACCCACACCGGCAGGUAAUAGCAGUGGAUGCGUUGUGUCUAGAGACUCGGCUCAUCAUCAUCAUCCUCCUCCUCCUCUUCCUCCUCCUCUUCCUCCUCCUCCUCCUCUUCCUCUUCUCCUCUGUUGUUUUGAUCGCCACUCGCUUCCAGACGCGCAGCGGCAGAGAGGCGCGAGAAGGAAGACUCCGGCGAGGCGAAAAAGGGGGCUUGAACUCGUGAACUCGCGCAGAAAGUCGAAGAAACGAAAGAAAGAAGGAAGGAAGGAAGGAAGGAGUUAGGAAAAAAAGAAAGAGAAAAGAAAAAAAAGACAGACAACAACAUCGGAGAAGAGGCUCGGUCGCCUCACCAACUGUGUGAUGAUGAUGAUGAUGUCUCUGAAUGGCAAGCACGCCUUCGCUCUGCCACAUACCAGCUUGCCCGAACCCAAGUACUCCGCUCUGCACUCGUCCGCCACAGCGGCCUCCUCUUCCUCCUCCUCUCCUCCGUCCUCAUCCUCGUCCUCUUCCUCGGCGCCCUCGUCCUCGUGCUCGUCCACGCGCCUCAGCAGCAGUAGCAGCGCCAGCGGCGCAAGCAGCUCGGAGGCGAUGCGCCGAGCAUGUCUCCCAACCCCACCGAGCAAUAUAUUCGGCGGCUUGGAUGAGAGUCUGCUGGCCCGCGCCGAAGCUCUGGCGGCGGUGGACAUCGUCUCUCCGACCAAGAGCCACCACCACCACCACCACCACCAGCACCACCCUCCUCACCACAGCCCCUUCAAGCCGGACGCCACCUACCACACCAUGAACGCGCUCCCGUGCACCUCCUCGUCCUCAUCCACGUCCUCGUCGUCCGUGCCCAUCACGCACCCCUCCGCGCUGGCGGGCGCCGGCCACCACCACCACCAUCACCACCACCACCACCACCAGCCGCACCAGGCGCUGGAAGGCGAGCUUCUGGACCACCUGACGCCAGGCGGCCUCGCUCUGGCCCCGGACGGCUCCAUGGUGUCUGCGGCGCCCGGGGCCCACAUGGCCGCAGCCGGGGUGAGCCACAUGCAUCAGGCGGCGGCGGCCAUCGGCAUGGCGCACGCCGCGCACGCGCACGGGCUGCCCUCGCACGCGCACGCACUCCAGCCGCACGCCGCGGGCUGCAUGAGCGACGUGGACGCUGACCCGAGGGACCUGGAGGCGUUCGCCGAGCGCUUCAAGCAGCGGCGCAUCAAGCUCGGCGUGACGCAGGCGGACGUCGGCGCGGCGCUGGCCAGCCUGAAGAUCCCCGGCGUGGGCUCGCUCAGCCAGAGCACCAUCUGCCGCUUCGAGUCGCUCACGCUGUCGCACAACAACAUGAUUGCGCUCAAGCCCAUCCUGCACGCGUGGUUGGAGGAGGCCGAGAAGUCGCACCGCGAGAAGCUCAGCAAGCCAGAGCUCUUCAACGGCGCCGAGAAGAAGAGGAAGCGCACGUCCAUCGCGGCGCCGGAGAAGAGGUCUCUGGAGGCGUACUUCGCCAUCCAGCCGCGGCCCUCGUCGGAGAAAAUCGCGGCCAUCGCGGAAAAGCUGGACCUCAAAAAGAACGUGGUGCGCGUGUGGUUUUGCAACCAGAGGCAGAAACAGAAACGCAUGAAGUACUCGGCCUGCGUGUGAACGCCCCGCCACGUCUCCACAAAGACACUCUUGAACAAAAAAAAAAGACGAUUUGUAACAUAUUUCGUACCGCACACACCUUUGCUUUUGCCUUUGGUUUUGUUUGUUUUGUUUUUUUUUGUUCUUUUUUCUCCUCCCACUCCCAGUCGUCAAAUACUUGUGCAUUGAAGCAGAAUAUCAUAUUCCAAUUGACUGAAAAUAAGCCCCAAUCACUCUCACGUCAAAGAGGAUGUGGAAGCAUUUAACGGACCGGUUGACUGACCAAGUAAGACCUGUUUGUUUUUUCUCCUGUUUUUCUUUUUCUUUUUUUUUUUAAAGAAAAGAAAACAAAAACAGAAACUAUUAUUAUGCUACACAUUGUCUGUCAGUGGAGUGUGACUCUCUUACGCCUCAAUCCGUCCCAUUGGCCGCUUUGAAAGCUGAAUGAUCUGGUUUUUUGGGGAGAUAAUCCUGUGUAAAGUAAUCAGUGGGCUAUGGAUGGUGGAUAGCCUGCUAAUAGCGAUUAUUGAGUAGAGGAAGUGGCUCUUUCGUUCGCAAUACGUUUCUUUCUCAACCUGUCCACGAUGCAAUCAGCCGUAAACAAAAAUUCAGGGUUAAUGUAAAGUAAAUAAAAUCAAAAUAAGAAGAAAAAAAGAGGGCACCUUGACAGCGACUGCCAGUUUUACAAGAGUAUUAUUAAGAUUGUGAAUAACAGUUUCUUGUGAAUGGUGGUUUAGCUGUAAUAUAGUGUUGGUUCAGGUAUCCUGGGCUAUCGGUUAACCUACUCCAAUUCCACGUGAUGCUUAAAAGCGUAUUCUUUGUAAAUGACCAAAGGAAAAUGUUGUAAAUAGAAGAAUGGCUUUGCCAUUGAAAGGCCCAAUAUUGCCCGACACACUGGCCAAAAUGAGCUGAUGUCCCACAAUACCUGAACCCACCACCUGAUUCCUUUCGUCUGUUUUUUUACACCGCCUCCUGGAAUAGAGAAAUAGACCAAGAAUUAAUAGCCAUGUAUUUCUCAUUAAGACGUGAGGAGCUUAGCACCGAAUCAUGUAGAUAUGGAAGCUGGAAAGCAAGGUUGAGCUGUUCGCCAGACAAAUAUCUGCUGCAAUAUCGCGAUAUCGCCUGCACUCCAGCGUGGCUGUGUUUCUUAUGAACUAUUUAUCAUGUGAGGUAAUGUUUACUUCAUUACAUAUUUAUCGGGAUUCCCUCUUCAUUUUUUUUUGUUGUUGCUCGAGAAAACCAUAUUCUGACAGCAAAGAAAAAGGCCCUCUCUUAGAAAAAAAGAAAAAAGAAGGGAGGGUGGGGAAGAACUGCUUAAAAUAAGCCACUAAUUAUUGACUUUUUUCUCGUUUUUCUUUAACCUCCGAGAUGGCACAUUUGAGAGAUAUAUGAGAUUUUUCCUUUUGACUCCUUUUCCAAAUUAUUUUAUGUAUGUUCUCUGGUAAUUUAUUGAUUUGUACAAAUAGACGCGUAUCAUUAUGAAGUCAUUGCUUGUUAAAAAUUCACCGUGUUUGCUAAUGUUUUCUUUAUGAAGAAAAAAAAAAGAGAAAAGAAAAAGAAAGAUCCGUUUCAUGGAAGUUCUACGUGUAAAAUGUAAAUAACUCAUUUGGUCGAACACACAAGAUAA